UCCCUGAAGUUCUACUUCCCGUCUCUCUGUCGCCAAUAAUAACAUACCAAUAAUGCUUAAUAUUUUUCAUUGAAUUUAUAUAUUUAAAUUAUUACGUUUAGGAAAAAGUUUUUGCAGAAAGCUACCACAUAUAUUCCAACAAAAGGAUAUUUUCACUUGCUUUGGCACAAUUCCCUAAGUUAUUAAGUCGACCACGUCUACUGCUUUUUUUUUUCGCUCAUUCGGCCUACCUUAUCCCAGAAGCUAGGCCAGGAGCUAACUGGAUAUCGAGAUUUAGGACAGAGUGAAUGUUUCGCACCGUUUUGGGAUAGGAAUAGACGUUUCUCGCCGCAGAUUGCAGCGUUAUUACAGCAAUGACAUCACCACUUUCCAGUAUAUUUACAUUUACCAGCCCAGCAGUGAAAAGGUUACUGGGGUGGAAGCAAGGGGAUGAAGAAGAAAAGUGGGCUGAAAAAGCUGUGGAUUCACUUGUUAAAAAACUGAAGAAAAAGAAAGGUGCACUUGAGGAUCUUGAAAAAGCCCUCUCUUGUAAGGAUCCUCACACAAAAUGUGUUACCAUUCAAAGAUCACUAGAUGGAAGAUUGCAAGUGUCACACAGAAAGGGUUUGCCUCAUGUCAUUUACUGCAGGGUAUGGAGGUGGCCAGAUCUGCAGUCACAUCAUGAGCUAAAACCAUUAGACUCAUGUGAAUAUCCUUUCAGUGCUAAACAGAAAGAAGUAUGCAUCAACCCAUACCAUUAUAGAAGAGUCGAGAGUCCUGUUCUUCCCCCUGUUUUGGUUCCACGUUACAGUGAAUACCCAACACAUGGAGCAUUGCCCCCAUUCCAGCAGAUACCCGAACCUUCCAUGCCCCACAAUAUCACUUACCCCUUUCAGCAGCAACAUUCACCACAGACUCCAAGUUCAGGACCGGGCAGUCCCUUUGGUCUUCCAGCUGACACCCCUCCUCCAGCUUAUCAAGCCCACGAUGAUAAUCAAAAUAAUCAAAAUGGACCUCAGCCAAUGGACACAAAUCAUCAACCAAAUCCUCCACACUCUGGCCCACCCGUUACAGGCCCUGCUUUUCCGUUGUCUAAACUGGGACCCAGGAUUACAGACAAACAAGCUGUAAACUACCAAGAACCCCACUACUGGUGCAACAUAGUAUAUUAUGAACUCAACAACAGAGUGGGUGAACAGUUUCAAGCUUCAUCCAACAGCAUUGUAGUAGAUGGUUUCACAGAUCCCUCACGAACUGACCGCUUCUGUUUGGGUCUGUUAUCUAAUGUAAAUCGAAACUCUACCAUAGAAAAUACGCGGCGUCAUAUAGGAAGAGGUGUUCAUUUGUAUUAUGUUGGAGGAGAGGUGUAUGCAGAAUGUCUCAGUGACAGCAGCAUUUUUGUCCAGAGCCGCAACUGUAACUAUUCACAUGGUUUUCACCCAACAACUGUUUGUAAGAUACCACCAAGUUGUAGUCUUAAAAUUUUUAACAACCAGGAAUUUGCUGCCUUGUUGUCCCAGUCAGUCAAUCAUGGCUUUGAGGCUGUGUAUGAAUUAAACAAAAUGUGCAUCAUUCGUAUGAGCUUUGUAAAAGGCUGGGGAGCAGAAUACCACAGACAGGAUGUGACAUCUACGCCCUGUUGGAUUGAGCUGCACCUGAAUGGGCCACUGCAGUGGUUAGACAAAGUACUUACACAAAUGGGAUCUCCUAUGAAUCCCAUCUCAUCAAUGUCAUGACCCCCCCUCCCCCCUAUCAUUUUUAUAUUACUUGUUCUCUCUUCCAUCUCAAAUUAUUGCAAGCACCAUUUAAAUUUUUUUAUAUUUUAUUAACAUGCAAUGUUUUUAUUGUAUAGUAAUGUAAUGAAAUUUUUUUGUUACCCCUAAAACCAAACAUAGCUUUGUCUUCUGCAGAACAAGUUAUUGACUAUACAAUUUUAAAAAUAGUUGAUUGCAACAAUCAUGGGUACUUAAUAUCUUUUGUGUUUAUUUUUUAUUUCCAUGUUUUCAAUGUUUAAUGGUUGAGUACCGUGGGGAUGGUGUUCUUUUUUAUAAAGCUGGGUUCCCUGAUCAUUAAAUGUGAUCUUUGUAUUUAUGCAGUACUUAUGGUUUUAUGAAACAUUUGUGUACUUAAAAUGAACAAAAGAUGUUGCAUGAAUUUCAAGUGUUUCUAUGAAAUGGUAUAAUAGUUAUCAACCAUGUUAAGAACAUAUGUUUCUGCAGAAGGUUCAAAUGUUUUAAUCUGCUAUGUAUUUUAUUCAUGCUGUGUAACAUGAUUUUACAUGUUUUGUCUACCUGAACUUAGUCCUGGCAUUCAAAGCUACUUAACUACUACUAUUCAACUAUUAGUUGCAUGAAUACAUUUUAAAGCAUGUUUUCUAUAUUGUUGCACCAAAGGUCACUGUAUUAUGUUGUAAAAAAUAUAUAAUUUUUUAUUCUUCUAUUGAAGACCUAAAAUUUUAUCGGCUGUAGUUUAUGUGAUUACAAGUUCAUGGUGAUGAUUAAAAAGACUUAAUUAAAUUUUUUCUGGUGCGAUUUUAAAAUUGUUUUUUUUUUUGUGUGUAACAUAUGGUUCAAUGUCUUUUUACUUGAAUCUGAAUCUAAACAAAGGGUUAUCACAGUUACAUUGAUGUAAAUAUUGUCUUCCUCAUUGUUAGAAAUGUUAACCAGAAGUAGAAAAUCAUUUUAAUGGACACAAACAUAGCUUUAUUUUAAUUUUUAUAGCUGCUUUUUAAAUCCAACAUUUUUUAUGUCCGUUUCAUUAACUUUAUUUACAAAGUAGUUGUACAAAUGCACAUUGAUGUAUAUCAAUUUGUGUCCGAAUAUAUUUGAGAUUAAUACUCUAUCAAGUAUUUUGUGUAUAUGUUCUCAUUCAUUUUGAGUGGUCUUACAUUUUUUUCAUUUUGUCACUUUUUACUCUUAAGGUAUUGUUGAAUCUUAUUUUAACAUUAAAGACAUUUGAAAGAACUAAUAGCAUUUACUUUUUUAAACAGUAGAAAUUACCUAUUUAAAUAAUUGUGUGUAUUUUCUUAAGGAUUGAGUAGGAAAGAACUGGAAUAUUAUUAGAAUAUAUACUUUUUUUAAACUUAAACCGCAAGCGGUCCUGAACUAAAUAAAGACUAUUGCAGAAAGUUUGGCAAUAAUUAAAAUUCCUUUUUUAGAGUUUUAUUAAUAAAAACAGUUCUAAAAUAGUUACAAUUCUUUUUUAGUUUUCCCUCAAAAAAAUGUAAGCAUCACUAAUUUUAGAACUCUUUUUUUUUCUUUCCUUGAUCACCCCUAGUAGCUAUAUUGUCCUUACAGAUACUUUUUUAAAUAGCUAUGUCAUGUUAUAUGUGUUGCAGUGUACAUUACUAUGUUGUAUAGCUUUGGGAAACAUUAGAUGUGGAUGCAUGAGUAGUUUGUGUUACGUUUAGUAAACCAGAUGGUAUCAAGUUAUUGCACAGUCAUUAGGCUGCAUAAUACUUAAUCGUCUCUUUGGUAGUAGUUGUUCAAUAUUUUAUAAAGAAUGUAUAUUUGCUCCUGUCAUCUUUCCUAUGUAAAAAUUGAACAUUUCAUCUAUCAUCUUCCAUGUGUUCAUAGGUGACUUAAGUCCUGACAUACCAAUACAUGCAUAACUAAACUGCAGCAGAAUGUGUAGGUAGACCUUCAGUGAACCUUAAUUACCAAGCCCAACCAAUAGUUUAAAAAAAUAAUUGAAAGAUUUGAUAUAUAGAGCAUUACUCUAGGCAGUUAAAAAAAAUAUUAGUUUUGAUGUAAAUAACACACUGCUCUUAAAAAGUGAAAUAAAUAGUUUAUUU